UGAGAAAUCGAAACUACUGGGGAAAGGGAGGGCCCACUGAGAACCAUCCCACUAACCCGACCACUACUGGCCUUCGCCGGACACCAUGAACCACACGGUCCAAACCGUCUUCUCUCCUGUCAACAGCAGCCAGCCCCCCAGCUACGAGAUGCUCAAGGAAGAGCACGAGGUAGCUGUGCUGGGGGCGCCCCACAACCCUGCUCCCCCGACGUCCACCGUGAUCCACAUCCGCAGCGAGACCUCUGUGCCCGACCAUGUUGUCUGGUCCCUGUUCAACACCCUCUUCAUGAACACCUGCUGCCUGGGCUUCAUAGCAUUUGCCUACUCCGUGAAGACUGGCACCCAGGCUCUCCCAGAAAGUGAGAAGGGAACUCACAGGCGACUUCACCCCGUGGUGGGGAGAACAGCCUGCGCUGGGGCCCAGGCAGAAGGAGGAUGAGCCCCGAGGCCCCUGGAGAGUCUGAGCCUGUCUAGGGACAGGAAGAUGGUUGGCGACCUGACUGGGGCCCAGGCCUAUGCCUCCACCGCCAAGUGCCUGAACAUCUGGGCCCUGAUUUUGAGCAUCCUCAUGACCAUUCUGCUCAUUCUCGUCCCAGUAUUGAUCUACCAAGCCCAUCGAUAGAUCAGGAGACGUCAUUCAGGCCAGGAGCUCUGCCCAUAACCUGUAUCCCACGUGCUCUACCUUCCAUUCCUGGUCCUGCCUCCAGAG